AUGCGUUUUUUCCUUCUUUUGAUGGUAGCCUUGAGUUGGCUAGCCAACGCUGCCUCCAUCCCUCUUGUUCGAUCUAAUGUCACUGAGAUUGAGUCUCGUGACGUGAGCGAUGUCAACGGAUUUCGCUCUGUGGCAUAUUUUGGCAUCUACGGACGCAACUUCCAGCCCCAGGAUCUACCCGCCGAGAAGCUCACACAUGUUCUCUACGCCUUUGUCAACCUUCGCACUGACGGAUCCGUCUUCCUUUCCGAUACUUGGGCCGACACUGACAAGCAUUACCCAAGUGACUCUUGGAACGACUCUGGAAACAACGUCUAUGGUUGUAUCAAGCAGCUUUUCUUGCUCAAGAAGAGGAACCGUAAACUCAAGAUUCUUCUGUCCAUUGGAGGCUGGACCUACUCAAACAGCUUUGCUCCUGCUUUUGAUACCGAUGCAGGGCGCCAGCGAUUUGCCGAUUCUGCAACUGAGUUGGUCAAGAACCUCGGCGUUGAUGGCAUCGACGUUGAUUACGAGUACCCUCAGAGUGAUGACCAGGCCGACAAGUUUGUCGACGCACUUCGACGCACGCGCGCGGCUCUGGAUAACUACAGUGCAGCCAAUGCGGGAGGUUAUCACUUUUUGCUUACUGUCGCAUCUCCAGCUGGUCCGCAGAGGUACCGCCAGGAGCGGUUGAAUCAAAUGGACCAAUAUCUCGACUUCUGGAAUUUGAUGGCAUACGACUACUCCGGAAAUUGGGACACGAUCGCCGGUCACGAUGCCAACGUCUACCCAUCCAACGACAACCCUUCCAGCACCCCAUUCAAUACCGAUCAGGCAGUUAAUUACUACAUCUCACAGGGUGUAGCGCCACACAAGAUCGUCCUAGGAAUGCCUCUCUACGGUCGCCAAUUCACGAGCACCAAUGGACCCGGAACUUCAUUCAACGGUGUUGGACAAGGAAGCUGGGACGUGGGUGUGUGGGAUUAUAAGGCACUGCCUCUUCCUGGAUGCGCAGUCACCGAGCUGGGUCAGCCCGUCGCAAGCUACUGCUACGACCAAGGAAGGAGACUCUUCAUCAGCUACGAUACACCAUCCAUCGCUCGCCAGAAAGCUCAAUACAUCAAGUCCCGGGGACUUGGCGGUGGCAUGUGGUGGGAGAGCAGUGCUGAUAAGAAAGGGGGCGACAGUUUGAUUUCUACGGUUGUGGAUAACUUUGGAGGUAUCAAUGCUUUGGAACCGAGCGGGAAUCAGCUGGACUAUCCCGCCUCCAAGUACGAUAACUUGAAGAAGGGGUUCAACUAG